GUGCAUGUCCAGAAGAAACAACUGGUGAGGCUGUUACACAAGGAAUAUUCUUUUGGAACGUAACGGAGGGCGACAAUGUAGUGUUUAGAAACUGUCCUUAUGGAUAUAGCAAUGGCGAAAAUCUAGACGAUAGUCAGUCUUUACUAACUGGGACAGCAAGUCGAAGCUGUCGAUGCAAUGAUAAUAAUUGCCAAAGACCAUAUUGGGGUGAACCUGACAUUUCACGAUGUAAAUACCGAGUGUAUAAUAAUUCUGAAAUCACAGACGCUUUGUCCAUUCUGUACCAGGUAUGAGAGAAUUCAAGUAACUUGUCUUAGCGACUCGUGACCUUCGAAAUGCUAGCUCGACGCUCUGGCACCGGAGCCGAAUUUUCUGCUUGCGCGAUUUGGACGCAAUAUAUAUAUAUAUAUGGCUUAUAUGCCCAGUUGUUAGCACAUAGCCGCUUUAUUGUUUUAAUCAAUUUUUAAUAAUUAACAAGAAAAAUUAUUAAUUAAUAACUAUAUAACAUUUAGCACAGAAAAGGCGGGGGUAUUACUAACGCCCACUACACAUAACGUAUCUAUAUAAGUUCAACAUAUAGCGUCCAACAACGGGGAGGAGGGUGGGUAAAUCUCUUCCAUCCAAUUUCUUGAUGUGAACUGCAGCCCUCGUGGAAUAGCAAAGGAAAGAUGGCCCGCUUCACCACUGAUAAAUACCGAAAUUUCCAAUCACGUGCAGACUAUACUUAAAUUAACUUGCGCGCGCAAAUAACUUAUUUCGCAUAAUUAAUUUCAACUAUAAAUUAUCCCAGGAAGCAAUAAAAACUCUUAGCGCUGUGGCAAUAAGUUCCUUUUUCGUAUCAUUCUAAGCACAAAUGAAUGCACACCCACAAUUAGCCAACAUAUACUGGCAUAGAUUAGAAAUUACUGGUCAAAACGACAUUUUCCCACUUUUGUCCAUAAUUAAGCAGUAUAGGUAUACAUGCAGGGUAUAUUAAAACGAAGGAAAUCGAAUUUUAGCAUGUUCGCAUGCGUUAGAUAUGAUAUCGAGUUAAUUAAUAAAAUUUUUACACAGUUACAAAAUUUAGACUCUUAGCUAUACGCAAUGAUACCUUUUUUGUGUCAUUAUAUAGUAAAGAAAAAAUGACAAAAUAUGAAUUUUUCCAACGUUGGCAGCAAAACUGUCAAAAUCUUUAAGACUUAGUAGCAUGGAAUAAUUGUUCAUAAAUGUGGACACAUGUUCUGAAGACACAUUAAUCAUUAGUGAUUAAUUUUAUUUUCCCCCUUUUGUUACGUCCGCUUAUAAUUAUGCACAAAAAAGUGGAAAAAUAUGAUUUUGACCGGCUCGUAUUUGCAUGGUCAAUUGUGCUUGAAAUGAUACACUAAGAAACAGUGGCGGCGGAACAGAUUUUAUUUUGGGAGGGCUAAUUUUUUUUUCCGUGACCUCCUUCCCCCCCCCUCCCCCCGUCGCCAAAAAAAUUUCGGUCAAUGUACCAUUUCAGGAGUACAAAAAUUUUUCCCGACAUAUACAAGAAAAGGCAUGAAACAAUUUUUUCCGGACCUAUAACAAAACAUAUAUUUUUCCGGACAUACACAAUUUUUAAACAAAAUUAUUGCAAAUUUUUCCCCUUAUACCUAAAUUUUCAAAAAAUACACAAAAUUUUUCCUUAAUUAUCAAAAUUUCUCCAGAAAAAACAACAUUUUCUGGGGGGGCUAAGUAUCUGAUCUUUAUAGAUAAAUGAUGAAGCUUCUUUAUGGUCGUCAUUCAUUGGCGACACCUCAAACCAACCAUUUUUCUCCCAGGAAUAUAUUUCUGUACUUUUACCAGGGUCACUUGAAAACCUUCCAUAUCCACCUUUUACUUUUGGGGGGGCUUUAUCCCACCUAGCCCCCCUGUUCCGCCGCCCCUGCUAAGAAAGGUAUUGUUCGAAAGCUAAAACCCAGGCCUUUAAGUUUUAUUAAUUUUAUCAACGUUGUUAUAAGUAACCGCUUGGUCUGCAUGAUCUGCAUUUUAAGUUCUUGUUGACUGCCAGUGGCGUAGCCAGCCCGACAAUUUAGUCCCGCUAUGCAAAUUCAAAAUUAUUAUCAUUAUUCAUUUCUUUAGAAAUUGAUUGUUUUCACAGUCAAUGAACAUGAAAAUAUUUGCAUAGCGGGACCAAAUAGUCGGGCUGGCUACGCUACUGUUGACUGCAAACUCAUUUGUUUAAUUUUAGUUUUGUUGCGUAUACACCUUAUAAUACUCCACCAAGAGUUUCUGCAAUAUCUUCGAAUUCACCGUUUACUCAGGGUCUUUUUUUGGCUUGUAUAGUUAUACCCUACUUAUAAAGUAAGAUGUCGCAGUCGCUAGGUCUUAUUGGUAUAUUACAGGAUAUAAAAAAAGAUGGAACAUCACUGAUUAACGCAAGUAUCCAACUGGUGAGCUUGACAAAUGAUUCCCAGAUUUUUGAAAAAGAAGAUGUCGCUCUGACUGCCUUAAUUCUUGAAAAUAUCGUUGAAGGAACAAACACUUUGAAUGAGGUGAGCUUUAAAGACCGAUCAAGUCCGUAAUGUAAACAAAGGAGUAAAGAUUUUUUUUUUUUUUUCACAAUAGAUUUAUUAAUAUGUAACAUUUCAAGCAUGCGUUAUACAUUAUUAUUAUUUUUAAAAAUAUAUUUAUUAGUUGUUUUAUUAAUGUCAGUACGUAAGUCCUCCAUCAAGUUAUUCACGAGGCCGGGGGAUUCGUGCCUCGGAAGUUGCCAGGGAGAUGUUGGAAUCCCCGAAUAUGGGCCGAUGUAUCGAGGAUCUACUUCCACGAAUGCACAUUAUUGAAGAAGAUCGUAACGAUGCAAACGACAUUCUACAUCGUAGCCAACCUAUGGUCGCGGAAUAUUUUUGUUGUCUCUUAUUGGAUAUCAUAUCCGCAAGACAUUUAUAAAAGGUUUCAGCCUCUCUUCCCAUGCCGCCGGUCGUUGAUAGAACUAAAGGCGUGAAAACACCACGUUCGACAUUCCUAAUUCUCUCUCCGUAUUCUCGUUUCUUGGCCUGUUCGUGUCUUCUGUAAACGGAUGCGAGGUUCUGCGAGCGGUAGGAGGACGCGUUGGGAUAGAACACCCUUACAUAAAAAAAUGCAUCCUGCUGACCAUUCCAAAAGCCUCUUGCCCGAAUAUCAACUCGGGCACCGUCAUCGGUGUUGGCUGUGCGAGCUGACAUGCUCUCUCCAUUCAGCGGUUGAAGUGCUGGCUCUGUGGCGACAUUGCUACACACUUCAGUGAGGAGUGAGGAGUGACGCUGUUAAAUCACGAAUCUCGUUGUGGCGGAUAGUUGGAAAACCUCCCAUGUGGCAGAUCAUGGCGUGAUUUACGGUGAAUUGAGCACCACAGUUGCACGUUUGAGGCGUGUUGUUCACUUUCCAUCCAUACCGUAGACACAGUGCGUCUCUAAAUUCUCCCUUGUGUAAGUAGAACCCGUGUUCCUCAAGCGGGAGAACAGAUAACCAUGACGAAGACCCUUUCUCUCGAGAAAGUUCCACACAACGCUUCAUUUCAGGUGUCAGCUGGUUGUAUGUUAUUUCAGCGUGUUCGUCCUGUCUCUGGCGGUUUUCUCUCUUGAUCUCGCUUUUGACCGUGCGAACGUUGUUACAAUCAACCGUUUCAUUUUCGUCUUGGCAGAUUAUCAGUGCAACGAGUGAUGCAGUAAUGCGCUGUGAGGAUUGAAAACAAGCCGAGGCCAUUGUUGAUGGAUCACGAAGCCCAAGUCCUCCAAGACGAACAGGAAGUGAGAGGAGAUCUCUUUCAAUGGAAGAACACGGGGGUCGUCCGGUUAGUGCUGGGAUGAGAUGCAUGUGUAUUGCGUCUUCAAGUGGUUGUAUUAGGUCUUCGAUAUCUCGAACUGUUCUUAAGAGAUAAGACCAGCGGUUGGAUAAGCCGUGUAUGUAUGUAUGUAUGCUGCGUACGCUGCGUGUGGUUGAGAAGAAGCAAUACGAGCCAGGUUCAUGAUGUCAUUGGUCCAUUCAUGUACUUUGUUGCCAACAUAUUCCUCAGUAAAAGUUUUAGAACCAAUAGCAGCCCCAAGAUGUCAUUUCCCAUGGGUCGUUAUGCGUACAUCUGUGCCCGCGAAUGCGUCUUUGGCCACGUUCUCAAAUUCUGGCUUCACCACGAGGUACGUCUUGGAAUCAUUAGGGUAAUAUCCAAACGAGGGACCGUGAUCAGUCAGUUCAUCCCACCACUUUCUGAGUCCUGUGCAGGUAGACGCUUCUGUGGCAUCAUCAGCAUACCAUGCUUGGUGUACAUCAGGACAACCAGCUUUAAGCUUAUCAAUCAGUGGCUUUAUCGCGAGUGCAUACAUCGCCAUCGCUAACGGAUCUCCUUGGGUUGUUCCUUCAGUUGAUGCAAUUUCGCCGUCUCCUGUUACGUACAUUCUGACUGGGGUUCUGUAGGUGUUGGUCAGGGUGGUCGCCAAUGAUGGACAGAUUAUGCUGAUGUUAUGGAGGGCUGCUUGACGGUUAAGUGAGUUGAACGCGUUAUUUGCAUCAACCAGAAGUACCGCUUCGGUGUCGGGUGUUUGGAAAAUGCUUCGCAUGGCAUGUACCGCUUCAGUAAAGAUUCAAAUCCUUUGUUUACAUUUUGAACUGCUAUGUUUCUAAAAUAAGACAUAUUAACUGGAUUAUCUAACACUAUACGGGUUGGCUAUUGUAAAUGAAUAUAAACUAGAGUACGUUUCAACUCAAAAAAGUUCGAAACAUGCAAAAUUUGGACAAUCGGUUUAUAUCUGCGGGUCUCCCUUUGUUAUGAGCAGAACUGAUGCGCAGAACGGACUUCACAUGGUCUUAUAAUUACACAAAUGAACUGUAAUCGUCGUUCGGUUUAUUUUAUUUACCGCGGUGAGGCCUCCCUCGCAUUAAAUGAAUUAAAUUCAGUCCGAGACGUUUUAUCCGUCAUGGCCAGACGGAUACAACGUCUAUAUAAUAACACUUGCAACACUUUCAAUCGUAACGGGUGGUAAAUUUACUUGACUUCCGAAUGAUAACCAUUCAUCUUUUACUUUAGGGUAUUCUUUAGUCAAACUUGUAAAGAGACUGUUUAUGUAAUCAGCAGUUUGUUUAUCGUUCAUUGGGGCGUCUGAUAGAGGGUCUGAUAAGUCAAAGUUCUGUCUUUUAUUUCCAACAAUGCGUUUUACAUUUUCCACCAUUUCUUUGAGUUUUGGUUAUGAAAGGGUUUAAUAUUUUGUUCAUAGAAUACGCGCUUGGCCUUUGUAAUCUCUGCAACAAUUAAGUUCCGCAAUUGCUUGGAUUGAUCGGCUCUUCCAAGUUGGUAUGCCUUAUCUCGUUUCUGUAUCAAAUGUUUAAUUCUUCCAUUUAUAAAAGGUUUGUCGUCAUCUUGAAUUUUGACUGACUUUAAAGGGAAGAAUGCAUCAACCAUUUCUGUUGUUAAUUCUAAAAACUUGUUGACUUAAUUAUACAAGAGGCAUUCAACACGGGUGACCAGUUAUAUUCACCGAUAUACUGCUCAAAGGCUUGUAGUGACGAGAAUUUCAGUGGUCUUACAUUUAUCCGUUUUGGCUUUUGCUUGUGCUGCAUUUGUUCUAGUGAUGACCAUAUAAUUGUACAGUGGUCUGAGGUACCAAUUGGGGCCAAUACAAGUGGGGCUUGGUAAAAUUUAUGAAUGUCCGUCAAAAUAAGAUCAAGAAUUGCCGAAUUUCUGGUAGGUUGUUUGAUGACUUGUUUCAAGUGGCAUUGUCUAUUGAUGAUCUUUGUACUAAAGCCAUUACUUGCAGGGUUAAAAUCACCAGCAGCUAUAAUUGACGUAUUUGGACUUUCUGAUUUCAACAUAUCAUAACAAUAACAAAAGUACUCAAAAAACCUGUUCAAGUUUUUCUGAUCUAUAUCGAUCGAGGAAGCCAUUUCGGCCGCAAAACAAUCCAGAGGCACUCGAAGUCUUCGUUAGAUAGGUCGGACCGAGCUUUUAAAGAAUAGUUUCUUUAACAUAGAUUGUGACGCCACCACCUCUUCCUAUCGUUCUAUCCUUCCUUGUUAAAUUAAAACCAGUGAUGUUCACUGAUUGGUCCGGCACAUCGUCUGUCAGACACGUUUCGGUCACUAGUAUAAUAUCUGAUUUAUGUUGCACUAUCACAACCACAAGUUCAGGUUUCUUUUUGAAAAUUGAACGCGCAUUAAAUAGAAGCACAUUUGGCAUUGUAUGUCUUUGUUUGCAUCGACAUACAAUGUCAAAUGUGCUUCUAUUUAAUGCGCGUUCAAUAGCAGGCGCGAUGGUAGCUGGUAGCAGGCGCGAUGCCCUCUCAACUCCCGCCCGCACUAAACGCCUGCUACGCAGGCUACAACGUCUGUAGCGCGUCUUCGUUUCAUACGUCUUAACGUCGUGUCGAAUUAAAUGCAUAAGUACUAGUUAAAACAUGAGCAGCCGAUCUUUAUCUGAAAAACAAACUCAAGCCGAAGGCGCGAAAGUUUGUAUAUCAGAUAAAGAUCGGAUGCGAAUGUUUUAACGUGCUUAAAAAUACGACCCAUAUUAUGAGUUCAUUGGCGAAGUAAUUUUAAAAAUAGACGUUGUCUAAGCUGAGAAAAUCACAGCUGAAGUUCAUGUAAAUGAGAACAAAUCUUCAUCCGAUUUACAAACAUUGAUCAAACAUUCAUUUCUUUUGAAUUUGCUUCAUGAAUUAUUAACGAGUAUUUCUGAAAUUAUGUUAAAGUCUGUUUCUCUCUUUCUGGCCUCGUGGUUUUUAUUUCUGGGUAAUCCAUGAUUGCUAGUCUAGUUAUGAAAUGAAUUCGUCUGAAUUAAAUUUUUCGUUUGAAACGAAACCAUUUUAAAGUCGACCAAUUGACGAAUUUAACAAUGAAUUAAAUUCGUCUGAAUUAAAUUCGACGUAUGAAACAGGCCUGAUCAAUCACAAAUUUCCCCCCGCCAAACCUAUCCAUCCAUAUAUGGAAGUAUCCGUCGACAAAGCAGUACUAAUUACUGAACCUAUAUUCUAUACGGAUUGCUUUAACACUCAUUAUUAUUAAUUUUCUAACAAUUGUUAUCAACCUUAAAUUGCAUGGCGUAUGUGCAAGGUUUAAGUCGGUUUGUUUUAUUCGAGCUGCUUCAUUUACUGCUCGUGUUGGAUCAAUUCUCCAAAUUUCACAAAGAAGUUAGUCGAUUUUAAUUGUUUAAACUGGACAAAAUAAUUUUGAACGUGAAAGGAUGAAAAUGUUUAUGUCCUAUGUUUACAAAUAAAAAUGUGUUCCUGCGUUAGAAGAAAGGGCAGAAACGCUGUAGCUGAGAAACCUGCUGAUGAAAUUCGAAGAAUAUGUUUAAAACUAACGUGUACAAAAAUGUCUUCUUUUUCUAGACCGGUACGAAUAUCAUUAAGGCUGUUGACAACUUCAUAAAUGUUGAUCCUGUCAUCCUUUUUCAAAGUCAGGAAACAAUCAACUCGUCUACAAGGUACAUACCAACAGAUAUAAUGAUGUUAUAUGUUAUAGUAACCGGAGAUGAACGUUAUAGCGUGAGGCGGUUUCUACAAAAAACCGAAAACCGACCAAAAAACCCCACUCGUUUUUAAACGUAAGGUUUUUUGGAGACGUUAUCGUAUGUCUUUAGUUUUUCGUGUGUAAAUGCCAAAACUUGAUUCGUUUGCAACAAACUCGUAUAAGUAUGGUUCGAUUUUAGUAAAAGACCAAUUUUUCUUCGUUUUUUUCCGUUUUCCCCCGUUUUUUUCGGUUUUUCUCCAAAAGUAACAUCGAGUAUUUCGGUUUUCAAAAAACAUCGUUUUUUUCGGUUUAUCGAAAAACCGCCUCACCCUAGAACGUUAACCAAAGUUAUAGCUGUUACUAUAGGAAUUGCUAGAUUAUUGUUCCUAAUAUAGAUGUAGUUAAGUUAGGGCAAUUAAAAAACAUUUUCACUUUUUCAUAUCAGAUUUUUUGAAAAACCUGGGGCGGAUGGGUGACUUUUUAUUUUUUUUCGUUAAUAGCGGAAGUAGUGUAUUUCCCCUUUAAAAAACGCGCUAAAAGGUUGUUUUCACAGUCAACAAGUAGUCACAGUCAAGAGCCAUUUUAACUUUUACGUCCGAAUGAAAGACCUUAAUUUAAAGCAGAAUUAUCUGGAACUCGUACGCCUAUCCAAUGCUUCAAAACUUUUGUUCCAGCUGGUAUUUGAACGACAACGAAAGGCAUAUUAAAACAAUAUGGCCGCCAAUCUUUGGUUUCCGACUACUUCACGACCAAUUCCGAUUCAUCAAUAUAAAUUUAAAAAACAAUUUCGGGCGACCAAUUUUUCAGGGAUGGCGGCGAUGAAAAACUGAAUUUUUUUUUAAUUGGCCUUUAGAAAUUGAAUACCUUUUUGAAACCUGAUCAAUGUUUUGUUGCAGAGUAUUAUCAGUAGUUGAAGAUUAUCUUGAGAAUGUUGCUAUAAAUCCUGAAGCAAAUGUACAACAAAAUGAACGAAACAUCGUUGUAUAUUCACGAGACGUCAAUCAAAGUACAUUCCAGGGAGCUGGAGCUGAAUCAUUAAUUGAUACCAAGAGAAACGAAGAAAACGAUUUUACUGUUUACAAUAAUGAUUUUAGUGUUCAACCUACGGUUUCUCAAAUUUCACUAACAAUGCCAAAAUCAUUGUUUGAAAAUUUGAGCAUUGACAGUGAAGCUCAAAACCAACGAAUAGCAUUUGUCAUAUACCAGAAGUCGUCAUUGUUUCAAUCUCAAGUUAAUGAAACAACUGAUGGAGAGACCGUUAAUAAGUUGAACAGCUUGGUAAUAUCUGGGUCUAUUAGAGGGGAAAAAUUAACUAACUUGCAAGAUCCAAUUAUAACAACAUAUCAACCGUUAGAUGAAGGAAUAUAUGAGGAAACUAGUUGCGUGUGUAUUUUGGGAUUUCUCGUUAAAGAAUGGUGUCGGUGAUUGGUCACAAACUGGUUGUACUUACAAAGGAAUGAAAGAUGGAAUUGUUACUUGCCACUGUUCUCAUCUUACAAACUUCGCUAUUUUAAUGGUAAGAGAAAUUAAGUAUACGAGCACGCACAAUAAAAGUGAGUAAAUCUUGCAUGGUAUUUAUUUUAAGGUUAAUUUGUUAGAUCAGAUACUGGUUCAGGACACACAGGGAUAAUCUGUCCAAAAAUAUCGUUGUGUUUUUAGGAUGUCUAUAUCAAGGAUCGUAUUGACGAUGACCAUGAAAAAGCAUUGAGUAUAAUAAGUUAUAUUGGUUGUGCUAUAUCAUUAGGUGGAUUGGUUUUAACUAUCAUUACGAUUUUAUUAUUUAAGUAAGUUUUGUUUAAUUUGUUUUAAUGUGUUGUUUUUUGUUUAUUUCUCUCAUCGUCCUCCACAGGAUAGCGAAACGGGCAUACAGUGAUUUUACAUUUACUCCGCGAUCGAUGGUGUCGCCCAAAAUAUUAACAAAUUUUCAUUUUUUUUAGGAAAAACAUGGAUAGUGAAAAAAUAUCAUGCUUGCAUGGUUCUGAAUUAUACGUGUCGAUACAAACCAUAUGUCUUAAUUAUCCGUUAUCAUUGGGGUUACGAUAACUCGAAUUUUUCCUUGCAGUUUAUAUUGCAAAGAAAAUUACAUAAACAGUUUGUGACGUUCUUCCAUUUUUUUUAUUUAGAGAGUUACGAACGAAAGCUCCAACCCAGAUUUUACUCAACUUCUGCAUAGCCUUAUCUCUGACAUUAAUUGUGUUCAUUGUGGCUGCUGAGAGAUCCAAGACUUCCUCUACAACCUGGUGUCGGGCUGCAGCAAUAGCCCUACAUUACUUUGUCUUAGUUGUGUUUAUGUGGAUGGCUAUAGAAGCAUAUAAUAUGUAUCUUUGCUUUGUAAAAAUUUUACCAACACACCAUUCUCACUUUAUGAUCAAGUGUCUUAUUGUUGGAUGGGGUAUGUUAAAAGGAAUUGGAAAUGAAUUCUCAAAAACUUAACGGUCUUUAAACCAUUAUUAUAUGUACUAUUUAAAGCACGCGUAUAGGAGUGUUUUAUAUCAGAUAAAAAAAACUUUGUCUAAACCGAGAAAAUCAAAGCUAAAGUUUAUGUAAAUCAACAUGAAUCUGUAUCACAUAUACAGAUACGACACGCUUAUGAUUUUUCUUUGUGUUUUCCAGAGGCGUAGCCAGGAUUUUUGGUCUGAGGGGGCCAGCCAAAACCCAGGUUGGGCCAAGCCACCAGUGGCUCGAGACGCAAAGUUUGCGCAAGAAACAAUUUUCCGGGCCACACAACGUUUUAAAUCUCCCCCCCCCCCUCGUCGACAACUUUUUUAUGUAAAAAAUUUUUCCGGACAAUAACAUUACAAUUGCUUUCGUAGCACUUUUCCCGAUUUCCGUAUGCUUCACCACGAAGAUUGUCUCAAUUUUCCGACGGGUCUCCCCCCCGGCCACGGCGUCACUGCAGAGCCCGCGUUAAAAAUUCACUUAGCCUGUGUGCCGUAAAUAAGCGAACAAGAUUUUAGGUUUCUCACCGAUGCCCAGCAAAGCAUAUAUUCUACAGAAUUUUUGCAUUAUUGACAGCAUGAAGCCAUAUAAUCAAGGAUUUCGUUUUUUAUACAAUACAUUUUAUCAGGUGGGGCCCAAAAUUUUGCCAGGGGGGCCGGGCACCCCAGCCCUGGCUACGCCUCUGGUGUUUUCUUCAUGAAUUAUUAAUGAGUUUUUUAAGUACUAUUUAAAAAAUGCUUGACUGAUUUCCAAAAUUAGAACUUUAAACACUGAUCUGUGAAACUGGAUCAAAGUGUAUAGUUUGAUACAGCUAAUUCAUUUAAGUUUGUCUCUGAACGUCAAAACCUUCGACCAGUCGACCUCUAAGCGCGUGAUGCACAAUGGACGUGAUUAUUAUUAUGAGAUUUGUUUAUGCAUGCAUGUUAGGUAUAUGUCAAAUAUUUAUGCUAAUCGUUCAAGUCAAUUUAAUUCCCAAAGGAGUUAAGUAUGCUCACAAACAACAUUCUUCAACGUUAUAAAGUUGAAAAAUCACAUGAAUUCUGCCGGAUUGGCUAAUACAUUGGGUUAGAUAGGCCAAUAAAAACUGAAAUAAUUGAAAAUCACGGGAAUGCAUAAAUUAUAAAUCGCUUUUUUUCGUAAAAGUGGCAAAACAGCUUGUGGGACGUAGUAACCGUAACAGUAUGAAUUACAUACUGUAUGCAAAUCCAUCGUGUUUUUCGCGCUCAGAAGUCGAGAGUUUUGACUUGGAAAGGGCAACCUUAAUUGAAUUAGAUGAAUAUAAUCAGAGUAAAUAAAGAAAAAGCGCUUUCUACUUCAAAACUUCUACUUCAAAUGGUUAGAAUGUUAGGGUUUGUAAUUAUUCCACCAAGUGAAGUGCAAGAAAUCACAUCAUUCAAGUCCUACAUCAAAUGGUGUAUCUAUUACAGUAUAUCUUCCUGCCACCCCCAGUACUUAUACAGGGUGUCCCAAAAAAAAUGUCCCCUGUCAUAUUUGGUGGUAUUACUUCGCUAUAUUUAAUCAAAUGUUCAAUUUUUUUGCAGUGGGUUGAAAAACAAUCAUAUUAUAUUAAUCGUAGUAUUUAUAUCACUAAAAGAUUUAACCGUUCGGCUUCUAGAGAUACUUAAGGUGGAGACAACAAUUUUGCAACCCGUCCAAAUUACAGAAAUUAGGUUAAUUUAAAAAUAAUGCAAAUUUUGUAGGAGGAUUUCUACAGUUUCUACCCACCUUUCUGCUCAAAAACAAAAUAAUUUUUAUCUCUAUUAUUAAACUUUUGUAGUUUUGUUUCUUGUAGAAAUUAAUAAAAAAAGAUGAAAAAUCCCUGGCUAAUUGACAAAGGCAAAGCUAAGGUUGGGAAAAUGCCUUAAAUUUGCUGUUUUCCGUUCAAUUUGUUCCAUGAAAGAGCAAAUGUUGGGAUUUCAGCACUAGUCUUUCCCCUUUUCUGGGUAUUUGCUUCAUUAUUUUUACAGAAAAUUAAUUCGCGAUUUUGGCUACAACUAAUUACAAGUUUUAGAAAAGAUAUGUAGCCAUUUACCAUUAAAAUAUUUUAUUUCGUUCCGUAAUAUGUUUUAACCUAAUAUCCACAAUUUGGACAAGGGGCAAUAUUGGUGUCGCCACCUUAAGUAACUCUAGAAGGCGAACGGUUAAAUAUUUUGGUGCGAAAAAUUGCAACGAUUAACGUAAUAUGUUCAUGGUUAAAAAAAUGAAAAAAUUUGAAUAUUCGAAUACAGGUAACGAUAUAGUACCACAAAAUAUGAUAGGGGACAUUUUUUUGGGACAUCCUGUACAGCGUAAAACUACGUACUGUUUAAUAAACGAGUAGGAGUGUUUUAUCACAUAUAAAACACGACGCGUAGCGGAGUGUUUUAUAUGUGAUAAAACACGAACUACGAGUUUAUUAAACAGCUUCAAAAACGUCUCAGUUAGAUCACGGCAUUGGCGAAAUAAUUUUCCAAAAUAACUUUGUAUUAGCUGAGAAAAUACAAGUUGAAAUUUGAAGCGUGUUUUAUCACACAUAAAGACACGCCACGCUCAUGAUGUCUUUUUGUGUUUCCUCAUGAAUUAUUAAUGAGUUUUUGAAGUAUUUGUUUAUGUGGUUCCUAUUACAUACUAUAUAAAACAUAUUCAUCCUCCAACACUGCUAAAUCGUUAUUUUACAUAUAGUUAACAUGUAACUAUAUAAUUAUGUCUAAUUUGUUUCUUCACAUUCUAGGAUUACCAGCAAUUAUCGUUAUUGUGACAGCAGUUUUGGAAAUUAAAGAGUAUGGAGGCGAAACUUAGUAAGUAAAGAUCAUAUUUCCAGAAAUACAUUUGGCUCUCCAUAUAGGUUAGUGGCGGACACUUUGCCACACUUUCACCCUUUUGUUGCUGCAAAUCUCAAUUCUUAAUAUUUUUAGAACAGAAAUUAUUCCUACAGGGUGUAUAAAAAAAAAACUGAACAGAUAUGAAUUUGCUCACAAUUUCGCAAAACAGCUAUUAGUACCCAGUUUUUUAUGUAUAUAGCUUCUUUGGGUACUUCUAAUGUAGAAUAAUGAAAAAAUUUCUGGAUCUCAAAUUUUGUGAACCAGCGCACGAAAUUUUAAAGCUUUAAUCAUAUUUUGAGUUAAUAGAUGGAAAAUCUGUUGGGGUUUUAAUUACUGUACAAAAUUUCAGACAGUUUGCUUUAGUUUAAGCCCUUUAACUAUUCAUAGUCGGCCGGCCAACGUGGCAAAAAGUGCCUCUAAAGAGAGUUUGAUGGCAACUUUAUGUUAGAAGCUGGUAACAGGCAUUUUCUUAUAGUUCAAGCCUUGGUGAAUAAGACUGUGUGUGUUACCACUUCUGAUUUUUGCUUUAUAGCCAAAAAUUUGAGAAUUUUUAAAUUUUGCCUGUUAAAUUACUACGAUCGGAAAAAAUGUAAAAUUUCGUGUUCUCUUAUACGAAAAAUAAACUAUACCACUAGAAAGAGCGUAAAAAACUUUAUAUAAGACAACUUAAGCGACUAGUGCGAUUUUCAAGCCGAUUUUGAAUUAAAGAUGGUUAAAGUUGGCAAAAUGGGUACUAAUUAGCAUUAAUUUGGUCAUUUCUGCAUUUUUUUAACAUUAAAAACUCGAAAUAGGAUUGGAAAAACGUAGAACUCACUUAAUUGUCUUAUAUAUAGUUUUUUACGCUCUAUCUAGUGGUAUAGUUUAUUUUUCGUAUAAGAGAACAUGAAAUUUUACAUUUUUUCCGAUCAGUAGUAAUUUAAUAGGCAAAAUUUAAAAAUUCUCAAAUUUUUGGCUAUAAAGCAAAAAUCAGAAGUGGUAACACACACAGUCUUGUUCACCAAGGCUUAAACUACAAGAAAAUGCCUGCUACCAGCUUCUAACAUAAAGUUGCCAUCCAGUUGUACAAAUUGAUGACUUGGCCGGCCGUCUAUCAAGCAAACUUACAUUUUUUCCUAUGAAAAUUAGCUAUUUGCAUGCUUAAUUAAUGCCUUUGCCUAAUUUGCAUAGGUCAGCAAUAUGCAAAUUAGGUAAAGGCAUUAAUUAAGCAUGCGAAAGGCCGAUUCAGUUAAGAAAAAAUGAAUAGCUAAAGGGCUUAGACUAAAGCAAAUUGUCUGAAAUUUUGUACAGUAAUUAAAAACCCAACAUAUUUUCCAUCUAUUAUCUCAAAAUAUAAUUAAAGCUUUUAAAUUUCGUGCGCAAGUCAUUUUUAGUUUGUUGGAAAAGAACACCCCCCCCCCUGGUUCACAAAAUUUGAGUUCGAAACUUUUUUUUCAUUAUUCUAUAUUAUAAGUACCCAAAGAAGCUAUAUACAUAAAAAAAAACUGGGUACUAAAAGCUGUUUUGCGAAAAUGGGAGUAAUUUAAGAUCUGUUCAGUUUUUUUUUACACACCCUGUAUGUAUAUUCACGUGCACUCCUUGGACCUUGACCAAUCUAUACUUUCGCAAGAUAAAAUAAUGUGUAGACAUGCAAUGGAAUUUUUUCCAAAUCUUUACUAUGGAAAUAGCAUGGAUUUUCGUUGGAAAUAGUGCGGAAAUCCAAUUUUCACAUACACUAAUUUCAAUUUCCACGCUAUAUGGACACAAUAUGGAGAAACAUGGAUAUACUAUGGAUUUAAUGAUACAAUUGCAAAUUCCAUAUUAUGGAUUUCACUAUUUUUUCCUGUGAUGAACAAGUUUAUAUACGCGUGUUCCAAUUGCAGGUUGAUUCAUGUAACGUUUAUAUCCACCUCUAUAUAAUGCUCUGUUCAAAGAAACGAAACAUGAAUGGUAAAGCUCCAUAUCAUUAAAGUUUACCUAGGCCACAAUAUAGAAACCAAUUCUUGUUUGUAUAGAGAUAAAUUUCUUUAUUUUUUAAAAAUAUUUAUAAAUUUAUUCAUUUAGUUGCCGUCUUCAAGGUCUCCCAUUUCAAGCGGCUUUCCUUGGCCCAGUCUUACUCGUACUUCUCAUCAAUUUUAUUGCAUUUGUCCUCAUCUUACGUUCCCUCCUUACCUCUGGAACUAAAGUGACCGCAGACCGCAAGACCAGUGGGAUCACACAAGCAAGACGCGGUAUUGCUAUCCUAGUGGUCCUGGGUCUUACCUGGUUAUUUGGUGUUCUUGCUAUCAGAGAUGCCAAAUUGGUCUUUCAGUAUCUAUUUUGUAUCUUUAACUCACUUCAAGGUUUGUUGGUUUUCAUCUUUUAUUGCGUCCUCUCAAAAGAUACAAGAAGAAAAUGGAAGUCAUUAUGUUCGAGCAAAGGCAAGUUAGACACGUCAAGUGGUCGUUAUCAUCACGCUGGAAAUUCGAAAUUUCACGAGGUUACCCCCAGUUACAACAAUACCGGAAGUUCUUCAAUGACUUCGUCAUCGAACCGCGCAGGCUUCGCCGCGAAUCAUGCCGUCUCCAUGGAAAUGCAGUGA